AUGGCGAACCUUUGGUUUCAUUUUUCCUUCUCCAUGUUCUCAUUGCUUUGCUAUCUCAUGGUCUGUCCAACUUUAUGUCACACCAAUUUCGCCAAAAACGAUGAAUUGGCACUUCUUGCUCUCAAAAUUUCUGUGAGAGACCCAUUCAACCACUUGUCUAAUUGGUCAAACUCUUCCUCCAUUUGCAAUUGGGUUGGGGUUACUUGUGAUUCUAAAGGUGAGAGAGUAAGUGUAUUGAAUCUUGCUCACAUGAGUCUCAUGGGCACCUUGCCGCCACAAGUGGGGAAUUUGUCCUCCCUUGUUGAACUUGACCUUCAUAAUAACAACCUUCAUGGUGAGUUACCGAAGGAGCUGCUGCAGUUACACAAGUUGAAAAUUUUCAACCUUAGCUAUAAUGAAUUUGAUGGGAAAAUUCCAGCUUGGAUUGGAAGUUUAUUUGCUCUUCAACACCUGGUCUUUCAAAAUAAUAGUUUUCAGGUUGUUAUUCCUCCAAAUGUAUUGAAUUUGUCGAAGUUAGAGACAUUGGAUUGGAAUAACAAUUUCAUCCAUGGAUCUAUUCCACUUGAGAUUGGAAGGCUUCAACAUUUAAAGAUUUUAUGUGUAGCAGGGAACAAUCUUUCAGGAAAUAUACCUCCAACUAUUUCUGGCUUAUCCUCACUUGAGCUGAUGUCUUUGUCAUUCAACUCUUUAAAAGGAGAUAUUCCCAAAACAAUUGGUGCUCUCACAAACAUGAAAGUUAUAUACCUAGAGAUUAACAAGUUGUCUGGGCAAAUGCCAAGAAGUAUUGGAAACUUGACUAUGCUUCAGGAAUUAUAUCUCAAUGACAAUAACUUAGAAGGUUGUAGAGGACUGAACCAAGAGCCAAUUCCUAAUGUAAUAGGUGGAAUUGGAUGGCCCAAUCUGUUUAGAAAACCAUGA